GUAGCUCAAGUUUCCCUAAGAAAAGAGAAGAAGAAGAAAUGGGUGGGUUAAGAUCAGUUUUAUAGAUUGAGUGGAGAUGAGAGAGCAUUCACGGAAGAAGAAGAAAUGGGUUAAGAUCGAUUUUGCAGAUGGAGUGGAGAUGAGAGAGCAUUCAGAGAAUAAGAAGAAAUGGGUUAAGAUCGAUUUUGCAGAGGGUGAAGAUGAGAGACCAAUUUGCAGGCAACUGGAAUUCAUUGGACGAGUUUGGCAUGAAGAAGAUGACUCUCAUACACAUCUUUUCCUCAUUCCCUCCGUCGUCGCCGUCACCGUCCCUUCUAUCCGUUCUUUAUUCCCUUCGCCGUUCGAACCUCUUCCUCCGUCCGAGUGGAGCCUUCUCCCUCCCUCUCGUCGUCGUCGUCGUCGUCUGUGAGGUUCUGAUUCUUAUAACGGUUAGAAUUCUGGCGCUUUUUUAUUGUAUUUUUGCUACUUCUCCCCACCGGAGGCUAGGUUGGUUGUUCUGAUGACUUUAGGAAAUUGAUUGCAGAAGCUAGCAGCUUCGAACCUCAGGUUUUAUGUAUUGUUGAAGCGUUUUCCUUGAAUUUGAUGUAAAGUCUUUCAUUCAAGGCGAUUAAUUUCUGGAUUUUGCCUUUCUUUUUACCAGAUUCUGCUUUCAAGUAGCUAUUGACUUACGCACGCAGUUAUGAAGUCACACAAUCUAUGAGUGUAGACUGUAGCAUGAUUCCUUCUAUGAUAUGAAUAUUUUAAUUUGCAUUAUUUCUCUCUCUAAUUUUUGGAAAUCUUAACCUAUUGUCAAUUGAGGGACAAAAAAAUUAAAAAUUUGUUAUGUGGAUUUCUUUCUGUUACGGCAAGAGCUCUGUUUUUAGUCAAGUUUUUUUAUCUUUUUUUUUGGCUGUUGUUAAUGUUUGCAUCAUUUUAAGAAAAGAUUCCAACCAAAUGCAUGCUACCAUGGGCAACUAACUACUUAGGUUCUGGUUUGAUGAAUUUUAGGAAAGUUUUCUUAUCUAAUCAGUUUUUCUUUAUCAAUGUAACCUGUAGAGUUUGAUUUCCUAAUAAAUCCCAGCUUGCCUUUACAUUGGUAAUUUUAUGUUGGGUUUUUCUAACAUGUGCCCUUAGGGCACAGGUUAGAAAAAUCCUUUUAUGUUUUCAAUUCAGUUAGCUUGUUUCAGCAUCAUUUUGAUAGUAGAUAUUUUUUUCUUUUUUUUGGAGGGGGUUAAUGAAAUGAAAGCUGUCUAAGUGGCCAUCAAAAGGAACUUAAUUUUCUAGUCAAUUAAACAAAAUCAAUUGCCUCCU